AUGCAAGCCGUUCCAAACGACCACGACGACGAAACCAACAAUAAUGUGCUGGAUGGAAACCCUCAUGAUACCGAAGCAGUGCUGGACAUUUCGCUGUCAGAGCAAGGAGCUCGAGCCCUCUCGCGACACCUUCCAAAUGUCGAAACGCUGUACAUUCGUUCUCUAAUCGAUGAAGACGAUGACAACAACAACCACGUCCCAAUAAAUAAUCACAAUCGGCCCGCAAUUGGCAACGUGACCGACGAACAAAUUGUUUCCAUGUUCUCCAUUCUCGGGGAUCACCAACGGCUACGUCAUUUAGUACUGGACAAUUUGGAUGCGCUGCAGGAAGACGACCGUGUCUUUCCGCUGGAAGCUCUGACGGUGCUGGUGCAAAAAGCACGGCACUUAAAGUCCCUUCAGUUGGAUAUGGAUGUGGCCAUUUCAGGGACGCCCGUUCACGGCCGCGCUUUUCUGUUGGCGCUACGACAACAUUCCUCUCUGGAAACUCUGGAACUGACUGAAUUUGGAAAUGCGAGGUCAACUAUUCUAGCGAGUGAAUUCUCGCCUCUCAUGGUGCCAAAUAGGUGGAAAGAACUCUCCCUUUCCGGAGGACAACAAAUCACCGAUCAACAGGUCGACAUUGCCAUUCUGCAAUCGCAGGCUCUGACAAAAUUGCUCGUCGAUUCCAAUGGAGACUUUCAGCGACACUUAUCCCGCGUGCUGGAAGCCCUACAGAACCAACAGUGCCAGCACCUCCAUGAAUUGGUGGUCUUGGAUGACUUGACGGAACAAACUGCCUUGGACUUUGCUUCCAUGAUUCGACACAAUCAUCGCACGCUACAAUACUUGUUUCUAUCGCUGGGUAUUCAGUCGCGAUAUGGAACGCUCAUUACAGAGGCAUUGCUUCACAACAACCAUAUUCACUCCAUACGGUUUGUCAUGUCAGGAGAACGCAAUGGAGACGCCACAGCAUUGGUACAUCACUUGAGACACAACAGAACUCUCAAACGAAUACAUAUCCACUUUCAGGGAUUGUUCAGUCAAGAUCGAGUCAACGAAGUCUUUUUGAAACCAUUCUUGGAUAUACUACGAGAAGACAACUACACAUUGGAAAGAAUCAAACUCGACAAGUGUCAUUCCGCGUUCAGUCUGUCAAGAGAAGUUGAGUUCUUUUUGCAAUUGAACCGGGCCGGUCGAAAUGAACUAUUGGAAAGCACAAUCAAUAGCAAUAUCAAUAAUACAAGGACGGAUGUGGUGCGAAGAUUGUGGGCCAACAAAAUCAUUCAGCACAGAUCAAAUGUGAAUGUUGUAUUCUACUUUUUGUUGCAGAAUCCAUCCUUUCUUCCUGCUACAGUAUGA